UUUUUUAUUCUCACCCAGCAACCUCCGUAGGUUACGAAAGGGAAAGAAACAAAAGGGCGUGAAUUCUACAAAAAAGGGAGUGUAUUUAUUAUAGUUCUCCAUCCCCCCGUCUCCGGCGACUGCAUGGAGGACCCUGACGGAGCCUUCAGUUUCGACUUCGAGGGCGGCCUCGAUGCUGCCGCCGACCUAUCCGCCGGAUCCUUCGCGCCGCCCGACCAUGCCGACGCCGCUGCGAUCACGGGCGCGACGCCGCCUUACUCGGCGGGCGGCGCGCCUGCUGACGGCUACGGAAGGCGGAACUUUCGGAAGACCGUAUGCCGCCACUGGCUUCGUGGCCUCUGCAUGAUGGGCGACGCCUGCGCCUUCCUUCACCAGUAUGACAAGGACCGGAUGCCAGUCUGCCGCUUCUUCCGGCUCAACGGAGGGUGCCGCGAGCAGGACUGCCUCUACAGGCACAUUACUGCGGACAUCAAGGAGUGCAAUAUGUAUAAACUAGGGUUCUGUCCAAAUGGACCUGAUUGCCGAUAUCGACAUGCAAAGCAUCCCGGCCCGCCGCCACCUGUGGAAGAAGUUUUCGAGAAGAUUCAGCAACUAAAUUCUCAGUUAUGGUUCUUCAAGAUUUCGUCCAGUCACCAUCAACCCCUGGAUUAAUUAAUCAAAGCAGAGUUAAACCAACUUUGGUGUUGAUGCAACCACUAUGACUGACAAGAAACUAUAAUUUUCUGGGUGGACUUGGAGUUUACAGAUUUCUUGGCAUAUGAAAUGUUGUAUUUUAUGCUGUCAUGAUUUAUUUUUGAGAUUAUCUAUAUUGUAUUUGAUUUACAAAUUUAUCAAUAACAUGGU